CUCUCUGCGACUUCAACUUCACUAAAAACACGCCACAAUGUCUUUCUUCCGCGGAUCAAACCCCUCCACAGUGUCUCAGUCGGCGCCGAGCAUGCAGGCGCGCAAGGAGGAGGUCAAGCAGCAGAUCCAGCAGGAGCUGGCUGUUGCGAGCGCGCAGCAGCUCGUCACCAAGAUGACCGAGAACUGCUUCGCCAAGUGCGUGACGCGGCCCGGCGCGUCCCUCUCGGGCUCGGAGGAGCGCUGCCUCUCGCAGUGCAUGCAGCUGUACAUGGCGGCGUUUGACAAGAUCUCGCAGACGUACGUGACGCGGAUCACGAAGGAGGGCCGCAAGCCAUGAUCUUGAUCUAGCUAUGUAUAUGCAUGUCCGCGCUACUACUCGUC